AUGUCAUCAUCCACCACCGGAUACAAAAAACAUCUUCAGGACCAUCCAGACUCUUCUUCAUCUGCAUUGGCUUCUGAUUCUGAUUAUGAUGUCAAUGAUGCAUCUUCAACAAGACCAAAUCCGCCCUUGAGAAGAUCCUCAUCAUUAUUUUCACUUUCUUCGAAAGAAGAUAUCCCCAAACCAGAACAAACUGAAUACUUGAAAUUCAUCAACGACAAUAGACACUUUAGUUUGAUUAGAAACUUGCAUAUGGCCGACUUCAUCACAUUGUUGAAUGGGUUCAGUGGGUUCUAUGCCAUAAUAUCAUGUUUGAGAUAUUCAUUAACAGGUAAAUCAAGUUAUGUUCAAAGAGCCCAUUUUUUCAUUGUUUUGGGAUUGUUUUUUGAUUUCUUUGAUGGUAGGGUUGCUAGAUUAAGAAACAAGUCCUCAUUGAUGGGCCAAGAGUUGGACUCGUUGGCUGAUUUGGUAAGUUUUGGAGUUUCACCAGCAACGAUUGCAUUUGCAAUUGGGUUCCAAUCAACUAUAGAUGUCUUGUUGUUGGCAUUUUGGGUCUUGUGUGGAUUGACAAGAUUGGCUAGAUUUAACAUUUCAGUUAACAAUAUCCCCAAGGACAAGACUGGUAAAUCACAGUAUUUCGAAGGAUUACCUAUCCCAAGUAACUUGUUUUGGGUAGGGUUGAUGGCUUUGUUGGUUUAUAAAGACUGGAUUCACGAGAACUUGCCGUUGGGCGUGGUAUUUGCUGACACCCCUUAUGAGUUUCAUUUAUUAGCAAUUGGGUUUGUAUUACAAGGUUCUGCUAAUAUUUCAAAGUCGUUGAAGAUUCCAAAACCAUAA